AGCACUGUCAUUUUGGGGAACAUGGAGGGCUGAAGGAUUUUUGGAUCGAGUCCUAAAAGGCUGGGAGUGAUGGCCUCCUGAGCUAUGCAGAGGGCGACAGAGCUAGUUCCUGAAAGUUGAAAAUCUCGUUUUCUUCCUUCUGAGCUUCUGUUCCAAGGCACCCAGAGGAUUAGGAAGGAGAUGCAGCUAGGAAGAGAGUCGCCUCUCUGAGGUCUCCCUCUCGCUGUUCAGUUUGGGAAAAAUACUGCAGAGCCUUCGAGAUAAACAGGAACAGGAGGAGUCAACCAAGCCCUUUCUUGCAGAAGCGUCUCAGAGCUCAUCUCCUGUCCUGGGUGUGAGUGAGUAUACAUCACCAGGGAUGUAACUGAACAUUUUCUGCUGCAGUGCUUUUCUUCUGGGCAAUCCAAGAUGGUGAGGAACUGCUCGGAGUGCAAGGAGAAGAGGGCAGCUCACAUCCUCUGUACCUACUGCAACCGCUGGCUUUGCAGCUCCUGCACGGAGGAGCACCGACAUGGCCCGGCCCCUGGGGGCCCACUCUUUUCCCGGACCCAGAAGGGAUCUCCAGGAGUGAAUGGUGGUUCUGGAGACUUCGCCUUGUACUGUCCUCUACACACACAGGAAGUUCUCAAGCUGUUUUGCGAGACCUGUGAUGUGCUUACAUGCCAUAGCUGCCUCAUGGUGGAACACAAAGAGCACAGGUGCAGACAUCUUGAAGAAGUUUUACAAAACCAGAGGAUGCUUCUGGAAAGUGUGACUACACAGGUGGCACAUAAGAAAUCCAGUCUACAGACAUCGGCAAAGCAAAUUGAGGACAGGAUUUUUGAGGUGAAGCACCAGCACAGGAAGGUGGAAAACCAGAUCAAAAUGGCCAAGAUGGUUCUGAUGAAUGAACUGAACAAACAGGCCAAUGGACUCAUAGAGGAGUUGGAGGGCAUCACUAAUGAGAGGAAGCGGAAGCUGGAGCAGCAGUUACAGAGCAUCAUGGUUCUCAACCGCCAGUUUGAGCAUGUGCAGAAUUUCAUUAACUGGGCUGUCUGCAGCAAAACCAGCAUCCCUUUCCUUUUCAGCAAAGAGCUGAUUGUGUUUCAGAUGCAGCGAUUGCUGGAGACAAAUUGUAACACAGACCCUGGUUCCCCCUGGAGUAUCAGAUUCACUUGGGAGCCUAACUUCUGGACCAAGCAGCUGGCUUCCCUAGGCUGUAUAACUACUGAGGGUGGACAGCUGUCCCGGGCAGAUACUCCUGCUUAUGGAGGCUUACAGGGACCAUCAUCUUUUUACCAAAGCCACCAGUCCCCAGUGGCCCAUCAAGAGACUCUCAGCCAUCCCUCACACAAGUUCCAGUCUCCAGCGCUGUGUUCCUCAUCCGUGUGCUGCGCCCACUGCUCCCCAGGCUCGCCCUCCCUCAAAGGCCAGGCCCCCCCACCCAGCAUACACCCCGUGCACAGCUUUAGGCAGCCCUCCGAGAUGGGGCCCCAACAGUUAGGCUCCCUGCAGUGCUCCACACUGCUGCCCAGGGAGAAGGAACUGCCCUGCAAUCCUCACCCACCAAAGCUGCUUCAGCCCUGGCUGGAAACCCAGCCACCUGCAGAGCCGGAGAGCGCACCCCAGCGGCUGGGGCAGCAGCUGACUUCCCAGCCCGUGUGCAUCGUCCCCCCACAAGAUGUUCAGCAAGGAGCCCAUGCCCCGCCCACCCUGCAGACACCCUCCAUCCAGGUACAGUUUGGCCACCACCAGAAGCUGAAGCUCAGCCACUUUCAGCCACCGCCACAGCAGCAGCUGCCACUUCCGCCCCCUCCGCCCCCUCCGCCCCAACAGCAGCCACCCCCGCCUCUCCCUCCAUCCCAGCAUCUGGCUUCUAGUCAGCAUGAGAGCCCCCCGGGGCCCGCCUGUUCCCAGAACGUGGACAUAAUGCACCACAAGUUUGAGCUGGAGGAAAUGCAGAAGGACCUGGAGCUUCUCCUUCAGGCUCAACAGCCCAGCCUGCAGCUGAGUCAGACCAAAUCGCCUCAGCAUCUACAGCAAACCAUCGUGGGGCAGAUCAAUUACAUUGUGAGGCAGCCGGCGCCCGUCCAGUCCCAGAGCCAAGAGGACACUGUGCAGGCUGCAGAUGAGCCCCCGGCGUCUGAAGGCCCUAAGCCGGCUCUCCCUCUUGACAAGAAUACUGCUGCUAACUUGCCCCAGGCAUCUGGGGAGGAAAACCCUCACAGUGUCCCCCCAUUGGACAGCGCCAUCCAGCACUCCUCUCCAAAUGUGGUGAGAAAGCACUCCACUUCUCUGAGCAUCAUGGGCUUUUCCAACACACUGGAGAUGGAGCUGUCAUCUACCAGGCUGGCAAGGACCCUUGAGCCACAGAUACAGAGCAAGAGCAGCCUGACAGCUGCCCCACCCCAAGUGAUGCCCCAAGUGGUACCAAGCCUGCUGAGUGGCCCCCCACCAACCAUGUCCAGCCUAGCGAGUGGUCAAAACCAGGCUGUGACCAGCCUGACAGCCAGUCACCUGCCGGCCAUGCCCAGCCUUGUGCGUGGCCCACCCCAGUCCAUGCCCAGCCUAAUGAGUGAUCCCUCCCCGACCAUCACAAGCCUGGCAAGUGAUCACUCUCAGGCUGGACCCAACCUGAUGUCUGGUCCCACCCACACUGUGUCAAGUCUGGCAACCUGUCCUCUGCAAAGUGUGCUUCCAGCUUCUGAUGUGCCGCUGGAGACUGGGUCUGGCUGCAAUCCUGGUUCUGGCCGAACUGCAGGGGACCUGUGCCCUGGGGAUGGAGCUGACCCCUCCCUGGGGAAUGCCUUGUGUAAGAUGGAAAGUGAGGAUUCUACCCGCUUCACUGACUCUCUGGGACAAGGCCCUACAGCCUCUGGUCUGGAUGCUUCCAAGGACUUGUCUAUCCCCUCAGACCUGGAGGAGCCAAUUAACCUCUCUGUGAAAAAACCCACACUGGUGCCAGUGGUCAGCACAUCUGUGGCCCUGCAGCAGUACCAGAGCCCAAAAGAGUAUGAGAAUUUUGAACAAGGAGCCCUCGGGCUGAACACAGAAGGGAACCAGAGUAUCAGACCCUUCAGUAAUGAGCCCAAGAUUCCCUACGUGCGCCUGGAGCGGCUCAAGAUCUGUGCUGCCUCCUCGGGCGAGAUGCCGGUGUUCAAGCUGAAGCCACAGAAGAAUGAUCAGGAUGGGAGCUUCCUGCUGAUCAUCGAAUGCGGUUCUGAGUCCUCCAGCAUGUCCAUUAAGGUCAGCCAGGACCACCUGCCUGAUGCCAUCCAGUCCCCAAAUCUGGGGGGAAGAAAGGUCACUGUCACAUCCCUGGCUGGGCAGCAGCCCCCAGAGGUGGAGAGUGCAUCUCCUGAAGAACACAGGCUCAUUCCUCGAACCCCUGGAGCCAAGAAGGGGCCCCCAGUACCCAUAGAGAAUGAGGACUUCUGUGCUGUCUGCCUCAACGGGGGGGAGCUGCUGUGCUGUGACCGCUGCCCCAAAGUGUACCACCUUUCCUGCCACUUGCCAGCCCUGCUCAGCUUCCCAGGGGGAGACUGGGUAUGCACGUUGUGCCGCAGCCUGACCCAGCCCGAGAUGGAGUACGAUUGCGAGAAUGCCCGCUUCAGCCAGCCUGGAGUGCGGGCCCCUCCUGGCCUGAACAUAUAUGACCAGAAGAAGUGUGAGAAGCUGGUACUGUCCUUGUGCUGCAACAGCCUCAGCCUGCCCUUCCAUGAACCUGUCAGCCCACUGGCCCGACAUUACUACCAGAUUAUUAAGAGGCCCAUGGACCUGUCGAUCAUCCGGAGGAAGCUGCAAAAGAAGGACCCAGCUCACUACACCACCCCGGAAGAGGUGGUAUCAGACGUCCGCCUCAUGUUCUGGAACUGUGCUAAGUUCAAUUAUCCCGACUCUGAGGUUGCAGAGGCAGGCCGCUGCCUGGAAGUGUUCUUUGAGGGCUGGUUGAAGGAGAUCUACCCCGAGAAACGGUUCGCUCAGCCACAGCAGGAGGACUCAGAUUCUGAGGAGGUGUCUAGUGAGAGCGGGUAUUCCACUCCCCAGGGCUUUCCGUGGCCCCACUACAUGCAGGAGGGCAUCCAGCCCAAGAGGCGGCGGCGACAUAUGGAGAAUGAAAGAGCAAAACGUGUGUCGUUCCGCCUGGCCAACAGCAUCUCCCAGGUGUGAGGGCUGGAAGGAGACCAAGCAUUCUGGCAGCUGGUACCCCGUCCUGUCGACCCCUCCUCCCCACCUUUCAGCGCAUUCUCCUUGGAUCGUGGACGUGAGAUGCUUCUUGUCGAGCCUGUACUGCCCUUCUUUGCCUUUUGCAUCGUACAGCAUUUAUUUGGGAGCCAUAGUGCAUCCACUACAGAGAAGAUUUCAGUAAUAAACAGCAAAGAGGGGGUGUUCCCUGUGAGCAGAACAGUCAGAUGUGUAGGGUCCACUUGACAAGACCACGCCUGGUCAGGCUCAGGAGGACCAUCCUUCCUUGGUGAAUUCUCCCUGCUGACGAAGGCAGACAUUUCUCACCUUGCAGUGUGCAGGGCUCAGGAGCAGCGUAUGUAUCUGAAUUCCUCCUGGGCCCAGAAGAGGGUAAAAGAAGGGAGAGAGGUUCUGAUGUAGCUACCGCAGGCCUGUGAUCCUUGGCCUAGCACAGCCAAAGACUGUCACUGUUUGCCUUUGAUUGGCCUGCUCGGACAGAGGCACCUGCCCUGGGUGUGGUGAUGAGGUUUCUAGAGGCCACAGGUCUCAACUGGUGCCUAUUCUCGGGUUCUCACGGUUUUCAGGGUAUUUGUUCUUCACGUCCCCUCUCCUGAUGCUGAUGCAGAUGGCCACUGUGGAGCUCUGGAUAGUGUGGCAUUCUUGACGGGGCUGGGGGGCCGUGCAGAGACCACUUAGGUCUUCAGGCUCGGAUCUUAUUUAACAGGCUUAAGAAGAUUUUAACUUCAGAGCGUGCCCUCUAUGCCACUUCCUUGGAUUGAGAGCUCUUCUUUGGUGUCAGAACUGGCUUCUUAGAAGUGAUUAUUGGUGGUCACCCCUUCAUUAUGCCCAUUCACAGGUCCAGACCCUGAGUUAUGCUUGGGAGAACUGUGAGGAAGCUGCUGUCUGCUUCACAUACAGAGAUUCUGGGCCAAGGAGAAUGACCCACAACCAGCUCCCUCUGCUGGGUCUCUCCUCCGGCUUAGAGAUCCUAGCUCUCAACUCCUCCACUUCAUAGAGCCAAAGAUCAGAAGUGAGUCCUCUGACUCGCCUGCCCUCAGGCUGUCCAUAGCCGAGAAAAAGUCAAGACUCUGUUGAUAGCCCCCCACCCUCUUUUGUUUGUUGGAGGUUGGAGAAGGUCAGAGGGACUGGCAGGAGCCAGCCCUAAGCAUUCAUGGAAGUUCUGUCAGGGAUGUAAAACUGAUAGAAGCCUCUUCAGUGUCCUUUGGUGACCCUGAAGCAACUUCAGAACUUUAUUUCUUCAGGAAUUCAGAGAGAGGUGUUCUGGGGGCCACAGGAGCAGAGCUCCAGGCUACAUCUCAGAUAGAUGGUCAUGGUCCAUGCAAGGAGUUUGGGAGGAAAAGGCAUACACAGAUGCUGGGGGUCAGGCCACCUCAUUGGCAAGGGCUUGGUUGGGAAGGAACCUGUUGCUGAUGUUGGCUUGGCCUGGAGACAGCUCUCCUUGGUCCUGUCAUGGCUUAGCUAAUUUCAAGGGAGCUGCAGGUCAUGGCUUUAUUUUUGCCAAGAGAUGCAGUUUAAGGAAAUUCUCGUCUUUAGGGCCCUUGUUAAUGGGGACAUUUUGAUCAGAGAAAACAUUUCUUCUCUCCUUGUGAGUGGAUGGAACUGCUCAUUUCCUUUCCACCCAGGCUGAGAGAGCAUCUUUACUUCAAAGCAGACUAUGCCCACUGACUUACCAUUCUCUCACCAGCACAUGCCAAGCUCUCCUAAGCAGAUGGGCUUCCGUAAUCAUGUUUUCUAGUUUGGGGUAACUAAGUCUUGAAUACUCCAGUAGCCAGGCAAUCUUUGGGUGUAACCAUCUGCUCUUUGGAGCUCAUAUGACUUUAUGGUUUGGGCUCUGGCCAUUUCCCUUUCAAUUUUUGAAUCUUUUUCUCUAUUUAGUUGGCUUGGAAAGGUUCUCUCUGUAAUUAUCUCAUUAAUUCCUCCUCUUGGUCAUUUUUCCUUUGUGUGGGUCACCUUCUCACCUUCUCUGGAUCACCUUCACGGUGCUUUGUGUUGGGCAGCUGGGUGAGGGCUGUGACAGUCUCAAACCUGAUUGACAUCUUUCCCCAAGACGAGUUGGAAACCACAAAUAUGAAGCAGAAAUACUUAGUUAAGUGCUUGGCUUCCCUUGUAUCAGUGUUGUUCCCACUUGUAGCCUGCUGGGCCAGGGGACCUUAGUGAUGUGGUAGAGAGUCACAUGCUCCCUUCCCACUGCUGAGAACCCUGCAUGCCAAGAAGCUCCCUUUAGGCACCCGAGCAGGGAGGGUGGGAGGUAUGGUGUCCUUUCCUCCAAGAGUGUGUGGCCCCCCAUUCCUACGCUGGUUACCCCACAGCACUGCCCUCUCCUGGCUUCUCCUGUGUACUUAACACCAGUGUUGUAAGUCAUAGUUUUGUUUUGUUUUUGCAUGCAGAAAACAACAUGGUGUUUUAGAAAUUAAACAAAAGGCUACUGGCUGAGUGACUGACUUUAA